AUGUAUGCCUCUUUUACGUCCCGUGCGGCCCUGGUCAGCCUGGCCUGCCUGGUUGCCCGGGUCAGCGCCUUCUGGCGUCUACCAUGCGGCGCGCCGUUGAUCGUUGAGCGAUCUGACCCCAUCGUCAGCCCGGGCAGACCCUCUGGCCACUCGCACACCAUCAUGGGUGCAAACUCAUUCAACUACACCAUGGACGGCGACUACACAUCGCGCGCAACAUGUACGACAUGCAAGGUGAAGGAAGACUUAUCCAACUAUUGGUUUCCGAACCUCUACUUCCAAGGCGCCGAUGGCUCCUUCACGCCUGUCAAGCAGACUGGAGGUGCUCUCGUUUACUACCUGCAACGACAAGACAAGAAAGAUCCCGAGUACUCCAAAGGGCUUAUUGCGUUUCCAGAAGGAUUCCGCAUGCUCGCGGGUAAUCCUUCGCUGCGGAGUUAUAGCAACACCCUGGCGCAGAGAGCGGUCAACUACGUCUGCUUGGGUAACGAGGGACCGCAUACCAACUCUAUUCCCAACAAGAAUUGCCCCGGUGGCCUGCGUUCACAGAUUGUCUUCCCGUCGUGCUGGAACGGGAAGGACCUCGAUUCUCCAAACCACCAAUCGCACAUGGCAUACCCCAGCUUGAUGGACAACGGCUACUGUCCACCCACGCACCCGAAGCGUUUCAUCACUGUCUUUGUCGAAAUUAUCUGGGAGAUCGACGCCUUCAAGGACAAGUGGCCUACGCCCGGCAAGCAUCCUUUCGUAUUCUCAAACGGCGACCCGACCGGCUACGGAUAUCAUGGAGAUUUUGUCAACGGCUGGGAUGUUGACGUUCUGCAGAAAGCCAUCACCACCUGCACAGACUCUAGUGGUAUUAUUGAGUACUGCAAGGCAUUCACUCUGCUACCGAACAGCGGCAUGAAUACCUGCAAGAAGCUCCCUCACGUACAGGAGAGCGUGCUUGACAGCAACAUGAAGGCUCUCCCGGGCUGCAACCCGGUCCAGCCAGGCCCGGGCCCUGCGCAGCCACCACCUGCGUGCGGUGCGGCAACCGCCAUCCCGCCCGACCCGAUAGCACCGUACACAGACGUCAUAGACACCAAGAAGUGGCGAUACCUGGCUUGCGGCAUUGACGGUGGCAGCCUGCCUGGCCGCACCCUCUCAGGCGCCUCGUACGCCAAGUCAGACAACACCGUCGAGAAGUGCAUUGACUUUUGCCAGGGCAAAGGUUUCCGCUACGCAGGCGUUGAAUACAAGUCUGAGUGCUUCUGCGGCAACAACUUGGCCAGCAACCGGUUGCCCAAGGAAGGCUCGCUUGGCGCUUGCAACAACCGGUGCUCGGGAAAUUCGAAGCAAUUUUGUGGCGGCUAUGGCUACAUUGGCAUCUAUGAGAACUGCAGUCGCGUCAACGGUACCUGCGAGAAUCAGCAGUUGCCGCAGUGGUAGCUGUGGCGAGUGGCGUGUUUCUUGAUUUUCCUUUUCCUGUACAGAUCGUUUUGCGCACAGACGCCAAUGCCAGUCAGGUUAAUAUCAGAGGACUGCUUCUAUCCCGCUUGCCACUGCCUGCCACGCACGCAAACGCCGUGUUCGCGACGCGAUGUCUCAGUCACAAACGUGGUUGUGGGUCAAAGUCAGGACUGGGGAGAUUGGCUGGAAUGUGGCCGACGCGGGACUACUUGAGACAUGAGGUUCGUUCGUUCGAAACAGCAACCUCCACACGCGCAGAGGUGGCGGCAAGUGCUUUAAAGUCCUUUCUCUGGGCUUCUUUUCAGC